AUGGCCCCAUCGCCGCCACCUCGGACAAUGGGGGAAUACAUCGAGCGCUCCUCGCGCGUGUUGAAGUCUCUCCAGCAGGUCUUCGACGCGUUCGAAACGCAGCGUUCAUCAGAGUCCAACACGCCUGGGAAGGGAGCUGGUCUCAGGGCCCUCAGCGAGGAGGCCGUUGGGGAUCGCAAUCGGGUCUGUCCGCCAGCUGGUGAGGAGGUGUCGCGUUACUUCGUUGGAGCCUUCCGUUGUCACGGAAGCAGUAAUACUGUGAAAGAUACAAUCGUCGAACCACGAGACGAUGUGGAGAGAAUUACGCAGUUAAACGUGGGCGAUCCAGAUGGUGAUGGCGGCGAAACGUGCUCUACGGCAUCUCCAAAAAUAUCAUGGCUAGUGCCGAAGGCACCCGUAAUCGAAAUCCAUAGUGGAAAGCCUAAUCAAGUAUUGAGUUCAUCUCCCAGAGAUCCUGAAAUUCUUCUUCAAUGCAGCGAUGCACUGGUUAUUGGGAAUAUAACUAAGAAAGAAGAGAACAUUAUGAAUGCUAAAGCUAAAAUGGACGACAGCGAUUCAGGCACACAUGCCCCAAAUCAGGACACCCCAAAUAACAAAAGCACCCAGGAAGAUUACCUUACUGUUGACAUGAUCCGAUACGAUUCUUCAGGAAGGCAACGAGAAAUUGAAGCUUUGAGGAAGCGAAUCGCCCAGAUGGAAUCCAAGGAAUGGGUUUUCAAUCAAGAAAUUCAUAAGGUAGUAUUAGAUCGGUACUAUCGAAGGUUGCUCACAAUAGAAAGACAAUCACUGUCUUUUAGCAGCGGCGCUGGCGAUUAUUGCCGCUUAGGGGGUGGGGAGCACGAUGGAAUGAGUCCCGAGGUAAAGCAUGCAUUGCUUCAAGGCUAUCGAGUGGAUUCAUCGGUGAUGAGGAGGGUUGAUGUUGAUGAUGGCUACAACCUGGAUAGCAUCCAUCCAAAAGAAGCUUGUGUGUCUACUCGCGAGGUCUCAAUCUCUUGCCUUCCAACUGACGGUUGGGAAUGUAAACCGCGACCUCUCUCUAACCCCAACUCUUUGGAAGCCCACAGGGGCCCUUUUCCCACGCAGGAACCAGAUAUGCAGCUUCAGGCUGAAGCCUCGGGCGAUCGAUGGGAUUUGAUAACCCCACCCUUCCUUUCACAUCCCCCGAUUCCGAUGCAAAUAAAGCCCGGCCAACUAACAAUGUGCAUCGCCGCGGUGCGUCUUCAGCGGAUGUGGAGGGGAUUCCGCGCGCGGCAGGGGUACCACGACAAACUCGCCUCCCUCUACGCCCACCAACACAACCAACAACUCCUCGAGGCGGCCCGUCUGGAGCUGCAGAAUUGGUGGCGUGGGCGCCUCGCGCGAAAGGUGUAUUUAGAACAGCUUGAGAAGCUGAGGCUGGCGGUGAGCUUCCGCGUGCACCACGAAAAGGUGCAGUACGUGGAUGAACAUGACAAAGACCCGCGGACGGCUUCGUUUAGAAAGGUAAAACACCCCCAUCCUCCGGCGCGCGAGGGAGAGGUGGGGGCGGUUCCCACCAUGGAAGCCGUGGCGAACCUGCGGAGGCAGCAGGUGAAGGUUCUGGAUACCCAGCCCCUGUCGGAAACGGUUUCAAAUAUGUUGACCCCGGUCGUGGAGCAUUCUUCUUGCUGGACAAGUGAAGGGUAUACCCCGUCAAGCCGCACCAGGACUCUGCUAUUUCAAGGAAUGAGCUCGAAUUUGGUGAGUCCCCUCUCGACCUCGAGGGGUGGGUGUCACCAUUCGGAAUGUAGUUCAAUACACAAUGAGACUGAGGAGGCCGCGGACAACAAAGGGUUAUCCAAGCUGUAUUCGAUUCCACACGCCAUCGCUGGAGAUGCCCGCGCCGCGGCGCAGCUCAGGAGCAUUCAAAAGAAAGUGGCAGCUCGCGUGGUGAUUUCUGCUCUGCGGCGAAAUGACAAGACUGUUGUAGAAGAUUUGCGAUCAAUGAUAGAAACACUGUGCAAACCUCCAUUGGCAAGGCAUGAGUUGACUAUGUGCAAAGAAAAAACAGCAGUGAACCCAAGGCUCCCUAUUUCCGCCUUUCCUUUUGAAGAUUAA